GUUGUACGAGUGCAAGUAACACGAAUUCGAAAACAUUAGCCAUGGUCCGCGCAGUAGCUUUUCUCCUGCUCGUUGUGACAGUCGCCACCAUCAGUGCUGCGCCUAAUUGCGGUCUAAACGAAUAUUACAAUAGUUGUGGUACAUCGUGUCAACCCACAUGUCAAAAUCCAUCACCACGAGUCUGUACCCUGGCAUGUGUUGCUGGAUGCGAAUGCAUGGAAGGAUAUCUAAGAAAUGCAGAAAACCAUUGUGUACCUACAUACAAUUGUUAAUCAAUCAGAAAAUAUGAUUUUCUAACCAGUAUUGUUUCGCAUCAUGUAAAAUGAUACACAAAUUUAACAGAGAUUAAAACCUUCUACAAAAA